UAUUCAUCGUCAACCCUUAUGUAAAAGACGUCUUCGCUUGCUGGACUUGCGCCAAUCCCCUCUCAGCUCUGUUCUCUUCGUCUCCUCUCCAUUGCGCCACACUAGCAGCCAUGCAACCAGGAAUUUACAAAUUCAUAAACCGCCAGAGCGGUACAGCAAUGGACCUGGCCGAAAACGACUACACGCGUGUUGUCGGCUCUCCACCUUGUGAUGAUUCUAUCCAAAAGUGGGAAAUAGCACAUCUUGGAGCAGGAUACAGCAUCCGAAAUAUGCAAACCGGUACCUACAUCUCUGUGAAAGGACUUCAGAAAGAUGCUGCCGUCACUGCUGGACAUUUUCCUGUAGCAUGGCAACUUAUCACCGUGAAAAACGAUGACGAAAAUGCUGAAAUGAUCGAAAUACGUUGGCCACAUACAGGAUGGAUGUUCGAUCUGGCUGGCUAUGGAUGCUCAGCUCCUGGAACAAAGGUGCAGCUCAAGGAAAGUCAAUUAAGUCCCGAACAGCAUCGUUGUAGAUUGUGGAAGCCCAUUUUCAUUCAACAUAUCCUUCACUCCGUUUCAUCGGAGAGUGUUGGUGAAGACGACGGGACAUCAAGCACUACUACUAUCAAUGCUGCUGAUGUGCCAGAGGGAGGCGAGCUUGUCUUGGUCACGACCACUACUACAAGAACAGUGGUUACAAAGGUACCGAAACAGUAGAGUAAUGGUCCUAGGGCUUAGGCAGGGCGACUCGGAGAGCCUAGUUAGUAGAGACGAAGUGCAUGUCUGUAGCUAAUAGUACAUCUCCAACGCAGCAACUCUGUCCGUGUCCGGCCCGGGUAGCCCAGUCCAACAGUCGUCAGGAUGCUAGAAUAGUUGUAUGUCGAAAAAACCUAUGUCACAAUUAGCUCUUCA